CAGAGCAGCGGCAGCAGCAGUCUGGGGUCCAACAUCCUCUCUGCUGAGGCUCACGUCCCCCCAUUUGGCUUCUUCAAAAACCUCCGGACCCCCAAACCUUCUUCUUCAUGAGCUUUUUCACGGCUCCUUCUUCGAACAGGACGCGGUGAGACGACGCGAAGUUGAAAGGGGGCAGCGAAGAAGAAGCGUGGAGGCCGUUUUUGUUGAUGUUUUUUCUUCUUUGGCUCGGUUUCCUCGGUAAAGCAGGAAAAUUGCUUGGUGUAGCUGUAUCGGAGAGAAGGCUCGGGAGGAGGUGAAAGUGCGGGAUAUGAUGACUGAGAAAGAAACGGCGGCAGAGAAGAUAAUAUCAGAUGAGAUGGCCAAUCCCUCUCCAGCCAAGAGUAUGGGCGACCCUGGGAUCACCCCCCUGUCUCCUUCACACACUCAGAAUGACACAGACCAGGUCCCUACGGGGCCGUCCUUCGUGGUGGUGGUGGCCAUCGACUUUGGCACCACGUCGAGCGGUUAUGCUUACGCCUUCACUAAGGAGCCUGAGUGCAUUCACACCAUGAGGCGCUGGGAAGGCGGGGACCCCGGCGUGUCCAAUCAGAAGACUCCAACCACAAUCCUGCUCACUCCAGACAGGAAGUUCCACAGUUUUGGCUAUGCUGCACGCGACUUCUACCACGACCUGGACCCCAGCGAGUCCAAACACUGGCUGUACCUGGAAAAAUUCAAAAUGAAGCUCCACACCACCGCAAAUCUGUCCAUCGACACAGACCUCCACGCAGCCAAUGGGAAGAGAGUGAAAGCUCUGGAUAUCUUUGCAUAUGCAUUGGCCUUCUUUAAGGAGCAAGCACUAAAGGAGUUGAGCGAUCAGACGGGCGGUGACUUUGACAACAACGAUGUGAGAUGGGUCAUCACUGUUCCUGCGAUCUGGAAGAUGCCUGCUAAGCAGUUCAUGAGGGAAGCUGCCUAUAAGUCUGGUUUGGUUUCCCGUGAAAACCCAGAGCAGCUGAUCAUUGCCUUAGAACCUGAGGCAGCAUCAAUCUAUUGCCGCAAGCUCCGCCUCCACCAGAUGGUUGACCUGGGUACCAAGACCACCCAGAAUGGCUUCAGCCCCACUGAAAAUGUAGGGGGCAGUAUGACCCAAGUUUCUCCAGCUAAGGAGCAUGUUCGGCGCAACCGGCAGAGCCGCACAUUUUUGGUGGAAAAUGUCGUAGGGGAGCUUUGGUCGGAGCUGGAAGAAGGUGACCGUUACGUGGUGGUGGACUGUGGCGGGGGAACCGUGGACCUCACAGUCCAUCAGAUCCGACUUCCAGAGGGUCACCUAAAGGAGCUCUACAAGGCUUCAGGUGGUCCCUACGGCUCCAUCGGGAUUGACUACGAAUUUGAGAAGCUUCUGUGUAAGAUCUUUGGCCAGGAUUUCAUAGAUCAGUUUAAGAUAAAGAGGCCGGCUGCUUGGGUGGACCUGAUGAUCGCGUUUGAGUCUAGAAAGAGGGCAGCAGCCCCCGACAGAACCAAUCCACUCAACAUCAACCUGCCCUUCUCCUUCAUCGACUACUACAAGAAGUUCAGGGGCCACAGUGUGGAGCACGCCCUGCGUAAGAGCAAUGUGGAUUUUGUGAAAUGGUCGUCUCAGGGGAUGCUGAGGAUGAAUCCAGAUGCCAUGAAUGCACUCUUCAAGCCCACCAUAGACCACAUCAUCCAGCAUCUCACUGAGCUGUUUGAGAAGCCCGAGGUGAGCGACAUCAAGUUCCUGUUCUUAGUCGGAGGAUUUGCUGAGUCUCCUCUUCUACAGCAAGCCAUCCAGAACAUGCUGCAGGGACGCAGCCGCAUCAUCAUCCCCCACGAUGUCGGCCUCACCAUCUUAAAAGGCGCCGUGCUCUUCGGCCUGGACCCCAGCGUCAUCAAAGUGCGCCGCUCCCCCCUCACAUACGGCGUGGGCGUUCUCAAUCGCUUCGUGGAGGGGAAGCACCCGCCAGAGAAGCUGCUGGUGAAGGACGGCACGCGCUGGUGCACCGACGUCUUCGACACCUUCAUCGCCACCGACCAGUCCGUGGCUCUGGGCGAGAGCGUAAAGAGGAGCUACACACCAGCCAAGCCGUCGCAGCAGGUCAUCGUCAUCCAUGUUUACUGCUCCGAGAAGGAGAGCGUGGGCUUCAUCAGCGAGAGCAGCGUCAAGAAGUGUGGGACACUUCGCUUGGACGUGAGUGGAACAAAAAGCUCGGCACCACGCCGUGAGAUCCAGACGCUCAUGCAGUUUGGCGAUACAGAGAUUCGGGCCAUGGCAGUGGAUGUGUCGACUGGACGCACCGUCAAAGCUAGCAUUGACUUCCUGAGCCAUUAAAGAGGGAAAAGAAGUGUUAAUGAUGAGAAAGUGUUGGAGAAACAGAAACCUACAUACACAAAUACACACAGGCAUAUACACACAAUGAGCUGGGGAUAUUUACUGGAAAAUCCUGAAAUAUAAAGAAUCUCAAGGCUCAGUCCUUAUCAGAGCGCCGCUGUGAAACCGUGUGAAUCAAAGCGUUAAAUUUCACCAUAAAGCCAGGAUGACAUAUGAAGGGAAUAUACUGUAGAUCUGUACACGUAGAUGCUGCAUGGGCCGCUUCUCCUCAAUGGAGCAGGACGUCUAAUCAGGGGCCAUAUUGGAGGGGGGUAGCUGCAGCUCAAAAUGAAUGUAGGGCUUUUAACAGUGGGCGCCUAUCCAUGAUUUAAGUGUAAAUAACUCACUGAUAUAUAAAUCAAUUUUCCCGCUAUUUGUUUUGUCACUUAUGUCAGACAUUUUUAUGUUUAAGGAUACUUGAAUGAAAAAAACAUGCAGGUUUUAAUACUGAGAUGCACUAUAUUAUCUAAGAUUACUGUGAUUCUAUGUUAGACAGUAAGGCCAUUAUUAAUGCUGCUGCAAAGACAAUUUUUAAUGCAUGGAAGCUUAUUACAUUCAGUUGAGAAAAUACACACUUUUUCAUGCUUUUUUCUUGACUAGCUGGCUGCAUCUGAAGGUUGUUUGCAGAUGACUUUACAUCACAGCGAAGGACUACAGAUGGGGGGCAGGUAGUGAUUUCUGCAUAGAGAAGCACUAUCAAAAUGCUAAACUUGUUUAUGGUUGUGAUAACCCAUCAAAUUGGGGAAAUGCAGUCUUUUGAGUCCCAAAUUUGACUUUAAAGCUCACAAAAAACGGUGGCAAGAAUAAAUUAAAAGCUGACGUCUAAAUUCUGAGGGCGUGGAGUAACACACCAAGUUUUCAAGUCAGUCCAGUUUGUCACAGCAAACCCUGAUCUUUCUUGGAUUUCUGAUGGUUGUGAAGGGAAUUCCAUCUCUUUUUAGAGAUCUAGAUCAUUUUGCUCAGAUCAGUAAUAAGAGCUUGUCUUUGGCUCCCAAACAGCUCUUCAUAUGGUACCAAUGUGGCUUAUUAAAUGUGGAUUAAAUAACAAAAUAGUAGAAAGGAAACUUGCCCCUUAAACGGGAGCCAGCUCCUGGCACUGAUUUGAAAGAGGUGGCUCGUAAAACCAUAGAACGGCACAUCAUUACUUGCUUCCUUACCUUAUAAGAUUUUCUAUCUUAAUAGUGAUUUACUAAAUAGUACAUCAUUAUGUCCUUUAAAAUUAUGUUUAUGGGAACAUGAGGGAGAAAAGCUGUUGUCAAGGGCACCAUUUUUGACUUUGUCUUUUUUUUUGGCAACUUUUAGAAAUUAGGGUGGAUCUGGCAAGGGGCAGUCCCUUUUUCCAAAUUGCCAACUGUGGUCUACUGUUUGGCAAAAAUUGAGGGGAAUAGCCCCUAACAUCCCCAGCUUCACCAACAUUCCAUCCUCUGCUUUCAAUGAUGCCAUCCUUCAAAGUUUAAAAACAUUCAGUCCUUGCCUUUACAUUCAGGGCAGUCUAGGCCCUGAGUUGUCAUUUCAGUCUAACCAGUACACCACAAAGUUGAUCAGCUAAAUGGUGCAGCACAAUUCCUUUAAAAGCAUGUUUUUGAGGGAGAAAAGCUGUUAAAGAGGGUUGGCUAGCCUCUUGGCUCAGUCCUUGUCUCCCUCUAGGGUCUUGUAUGUGUAGUAGGAGGUCUGCAGGAGUCAGUAGUGAUAUCAGUCACCUCCAUGCCAGGUAAACGAGGUUGACACCUAGAAAUGUUCUGAUGAUAACCUGCAGGCCCACCUAGUGCUUUAAUGGACUAACUCUCUUUCAUUAUCAUUGAAUUUUACCCACUUUUCUUCACUUCCUGCCUCCUAUCAGACUUUCACAUGUCAUCUAGAGUCACAUGACUGCAAACAGCCUUCGCCCCCCUCCAAAAUAGUGCUCAUAUAGACGUAUAUCAGACGCCUAAAGCGGCAUCCAUGUGUACCUCCUGUAUCUAAAUGAAGGGACGGUAGGCUUCAGAGUGUUUAACGUCUAUCACUUUACUCUCUCUCUUCAGUCAGUUACCUGAGGAGCUCCAACCCGCUCACACACUCGUGAUAAACACCACACACACACACCCGUGCUGAGGCUAAAGCUUUGCUGAGUCAAGUGACAGAAAAGAUCAAGGCUUAUCCGCUGUUCAUGCUUCAUCCUGCAGACCACACUGGUCACUAGAAACUCUUCUUUCAAAAAUGGUCACAAUAUCCUGUCACUGAGCUGUGGUUAAAGGUCAAAACUUUGUCUCCUCCAUCCACUACAGUCCUGAUCCAGGUUGCACCGGCUCUGUUUAAGUUCGAACGCAGUCUAGAUUGAACCGAAGUUCUAACUUACGACGGCGGUGACGCUCUAUGAAUAUAUAUCUGUCUGAAAAGUGUGAUUGGAAUUUUUUUUUUUUAGAUUUAAAAAAUAAACAUUGAUGACCCAUAAAUGAAAGUUUAAGGAAUGAUGAUAACUCUAGCAGAGGGAGGUCCAUUGAUUUUUUUGCAGGCUUUCACAGCUAGUAUAUUUGUUGUAAAUAUCUGCAGCAUUUUCUUACCUGUCGUUUCAGGUAAUCAGUUUUUGCAUUGUAAUCUACUGAUGAUAUUUUCAGUGAUCUGUCACUUGUUGUUAAAGCACCAUUUCUGCAACAUUUUGGUUAGAGUGGAUGUUACUCCCUACUUGAUAAGUACUUGAUAGUUCCAACUUUACUCUUUACUCAGACAGAGCUGGUGCAACAGGACACUGAGGGUCUUUCUUCUGGUUUUGCAUGAUUGAGCUCUUAAAGGGUAAAAUGUGAAAAAGUAAUGCUGCUAACUGGCCUUGUCAAGUUUUCAGACUGAGCCGAGGCCAAAGCAGUGACUAUGUUUGCAGCUUAUAGUCCUGUCAACCUCCUUAGAUGAUGAAAAGACAGUGUAUGUCUGUGUACAGUUUAUUCACUGUCUAUAAAUAACAAACAUAAGUUUAUUUUUGGGACAUUUUGGCCUCCAGGGUCAUCGUCUCUGAUUGUGUUCCCUGCUGUUUGAUUGAGGGUAGUUGUGGUUUUAUUUGACCUUUAUUGCUUUAAAAAGCUGCUUGUAAACAGACUGACUAGAGCUGUGACUCUGAUCCAAAGAAAAUAUCCUGAAAGAGCUGAGAGGAACCUGCUUUUAGCUUUUUAUCCCCUCUCCACAAAGGGUCUAUCAUCUCAGUCAUUUUAAACAUUGAAUGUUAACAUAAAGACAGGGACUCACUGUUUAUUGGGCUGCACAAAGUCUUUGAUUGGUCACAUUUUCCCUGUACUGAACUAUCUGUCCAACCAGUCAUAUCAGAUAGACCUUUUCACAUAUCCAUGGCAUCAUGGGGUUUAUUUCACGUUUAUUGCUAGGGAAAAAUUAUCACAAUUAUCAUAAUUGCUAGUAUCCUGCAGCCUAUAAUGUUUAAUCCACACAGCCUUUUUUUGUCUUUAAAGUUGCAGAAAGAAAGCCCUUGCUCUCACUUUUUCUGUUUUAUCAGUUUAAGGUAGCACACUAAACUUUAGACUCAUGAUUUAGCCACGUUGAAUCUUUUGGAUGACAAAGUGCCGUGCUUUGCCGUCAUCUGUCAUUUGCUCAUUUUGUAUUGAGGAGUCUUCUCAACAGAAAAAUGCACUCUGUAAGGGUUAUUUGCUAAAUAGCAAACCUACGUUUGUUUCAUAGAUGAAAAUGUAUUUAAAAGUAGCUUUCAGCUUCUGUAAACGCUCCUAAAAUGCAUUGCAUCCAGCUGGUAUUGCAAAGCCGGAGGUUAUCGCCACUUUUUUAACAGCUUUUCCCCCUCAGUGUGAAAUUCAUCCAUGAAAUGUCAAGGAUGUUGCACUGAUUAGUUAAUACACAUCAUCAAUUGUAGAUUUUGUCAAAAAAAGAGUCCUCAGUUUAAAAGUAAAGACAAAAUAGAGAUAGGCAGAACUGAGAUACUGGUCACUGCAGGGCUUGGACAGAUUCAGCAUCCAUGCAGGCCACAUCUUUGCAGAGCUCAGCCCAGCCCUGUCACUCACUUGUAGUUUUUGAACCAUAGAGUGAGUUAAAAACUGAACUCCUUGAGGUAUUUUUACAUAAUAUAUAUUUACUUAGAGUAAACCAAAUUUACUGUUUCAUGGAUGAAUUUCACAUACUGAAGGAGAAAGGUAUUUAAAAGUGGAAGCACAUCACAAACACUUUCCAAAUGCUGUGCAAGCAGCUUGCAUUGCAAAGCCAGAAGUGACAAUCAGAAGUAAAAUGACAAGGGUGUAUCAUACUGCGUGACUCAAACUCAGUGUUUGCAAAUAAUAACCAGUGUAGAGAUACUUUCAUUUUUAGCCAAGUCAAACUUCACACUCUUGAGGUGAUGUUCUUAAGGUAUAUGUAUUUGUACUUAUUUCUAAAUAGUAGUAUGUUGCAGAAAGAUAAAGUUGUCUAACCUUAUACUAAACACAGAAUCAGUCUGAAAACUGAUGGUAUGUUGUGAGGACCGACCAGCAAUGAUGUCAAACAUGGUAUCUCAUGUUAAAUCAGAAUGCUGAAUCAUGCAAAACCACAGAUCAGUCCCUCAGAGAUUACCAAACGUUAAUCCAGGAAUGUGAACUGUGCUGCAGGCUCAGCGGUGGUCACUGCGCUUCAUGGUUGCCUUUGUUUGUUUCUGCUUCAGCUCAUUCCACGCCGUGGACAGAAGGUCAGAGCAGGUGUGACAAACGAUGACGUGUUUAUUUCUGUAAAUACAGUAUUUAAAUAUUGUACAGAUUUUUAGCUUCAGCAGUGUUAGAGCCAAGAGUGUGUAUGCUUGGGUGAGUGUGUGCUUUCACAUAAACAUCUCUCCACAUGUUUUCUCUCACCAGCCAUCGCAUGAGAGGCACGACUGAGUGUUCAUUCGGAGUGAGAUGUGUCGCCUGUUGCUCUUUUUUGCAAUCACAGAAGAAACUUGAAUACCUCCGUCCUUAAAAGCAUUUCAGUCCUCAUUAACAAUCAUAUCAGUGAUUUAUCAAACUGUAGCAGUAUCUGAAUGUGUCCAGGCCCAUCUUUCAUCUCAUUUGCAGAGCAGCUUCUAUGGACUUUUCUUUACACUUUAUUACAUUAUUGCAAUGGGUUCAGAGAGCGUGUUUGUAAAAGGGAGGGAGAAUGAAUUGACAGAUUGGUGCAGCGUUAGCAGUAGUUCAGGCAUUGCACUGGACUGUCCUGGUGAAAAGGGCAAGGAAAGGCUUUUGAUUUGCUGGUUGAUCUGCAUUCCAACGCUCACCAAUGGUCAUGAGCUUUGGGUAGUGACCGAAAGAAUGAGAUGACGGAUACAGGCGGUCCAAAUGAGAUACACCUUAGGAGGGUGUCAAGGCUCAGCCUAAGAGAUUGGGUGAGGAGAACAGCCUUUUUGGAGAAAGCUCAGAGUCAAGGUGCUGCUUUUUCUUCAUCUUACCUCUAUUAAGACAAUGCAUUAACAAGAAUUAAGGUCUGUUUGGGCAUUCAGAUACCAAGGGUUAAUCCUUAAUGCUUUGUGUGGAUGCAGGCAAUGCAUACUUGCAGCGGUUUGAUAUCUGGUAGCUCAGACUGCAUACAGGGUGGUCUGGGAUGUCUUCUUCUGGAUUGGAUGUGUAGACACAUUACAUACUGGCAUUAAAGACUGCCCUGUCAAGUGACAUUAUCUAUGGCAUUCCUCUUGUAAACAAAAAGCAUAGCAUUAUUUUUGUCCCUCCAGCAUUCCUCAGAGUGAUGAAAAUUGCAGCUCUUUGUAGAGAUCAGGAUUAUUUGUCUCAGCUCAGUAAAAGUGCUGGGCUUUUGGCUCCUAAAUGGCUAUUCAUUUGAUACCAUUUUGCAUUUCUGAUAUCUUUAAAACAACAAAAAUAAACCAUAUCUCCAACAGGAGGUGGUUCCCAACACUUGUGAAUGUGCCUCUGCAAAAGACACAUCAUGGCUCCAUCAUAACUUGUCGUCUUCAAUAGACAACAAGAUUUAUUUACAAAAUGGCAUAUCACUGUCUUUAGAAGCAUGGUUAUGACAACAUGAGGGAGAAAAGCUGUUAAAGAGAUACUGCUAGCAUCUCAGUUUGUGGCUAGCUGGUCACCAUUAUUGAAUUACAUAUAUACAAACAUUUUUCCCCUAUGUUGACUGUCCUUUGUUGGCAACCUUUGGAAAGUUGUCAACUUUUGCUUCUUAAUUGGCAAAAUGGAGGAAAAAACUCCCAACAUCCCCAGCUUCGCAAACAUUCAGUCUCUCCCCUGAUGACGCCAUGCUUGCAGGCUUAUAAAUCAUAAUGCAAGCCAGUUUAGGCUACCAGUUGUCCUUUCAAUCUAGUUAGUAUGUUUAUGGCAGCGUGAGGGAGAAAAGCUGUUGAAGAGACGCUGCUAGCCUCUUAGCUUGUGGUUACUUGGCCUCCAUUUAUUCUUACAAUCACUAGCUGCACUACACACAGAAUGUAGGGCUACCAAGCCACAGAAGAGAGCCUCAGACAUGAUGUAGGAGCUGUUGUUAGAGUAAGAGGAGGGACAGAGUUCUGAUUUCAGGUCAGCCCCUGCAGAUGUAAUGUAAAUGCAGAGCAUGGCUGAGGUGAAGUCACAUGGUAUCUAAAUGCCCAAAAGGCAUUGUUAGUGCAAAAUGUAAACAGGACAUAUGAUCAGGAUUCCUCCUGGUCACUUCCUGUAGAGGUCUUCCAGGCACAUCAAACUGUGACGUGAAAAUAUCACAAGGAGAGAGGGUGUUUAGGUUGAUUUGCUGAGCUUGGCUUCAGUAACCCUGCCCUGCAUGAGUGGAAGAAAUCAGAUGGAUGAAUGGACAUCAGUACCAUAGACACAUUAACAGAACAUGUUCAAUGUAUUUAGAGGAACUUCAGCUGUUAAUUUAAUCAGAACCUAUGUACAGUCUGCAUUAAAGAAGAGAAAUAGUUAGCAAUAAUGAUUUGAAUGAAAAAGCCACAUUUCUAGUUAAUAAUGAAGGUCUUAAAUAAAGAGUGCCUAGUAUGAUUUAAAUGUGAUGUCAAUAUUCACUCUCAUAUCAGAUCAGAAACAUACAGUUCAUCCCUCCUAACCGAUCUUUAGCUUUAGAUAGAAGUGUGACUCCAGACAUAAUCACUGAGAAUCACACAAGCUGUCAGUCCAUUGAAGGCAUCAAUGUGGUCACCAAACACCCUCAGAAAGUUCACACACUGACUUUAAGGGGCAUUAAUGUGAGAUAUCUGAACCAGUGUUUAAAACACUUGAAAAAAAUUCUUUGCCCUUGGGCCAGCUUAUUGAUGCAAUGGCAUUAUGAUGGCUCUAGUGGGUUGAUCCCAGGUCUAUCCAUGGCAUUCAACAGAAAUGUUAAAUAGGAAUGUAAAAUAUCUGCUUUUAUUUGAAGGCCUUCUGAGUUUAUCCCCCUUCUAAUGUGAGCUCUAAAUGUUAGCUGUGGUUUAAAAUGCAGAAAUGAGAGUAUGCUAUACUUUUAAGUCACUUAAGUUAGUUACAGCCUCUUCAAACUCUGUCCAAGAUCUGUUAGUUGAUUUUUCAUUGAUUCUUGUGGUCUUAAUGAAGUGAACUGAUUUGUUUUCAUGGAGCUUUGAAUUAUGGGUUAUCUGCAGUCCUGGAGGCUUUCAGCUACCAUGAAGUUAGAUUCAUAUCUAAGCUUUCCUGGACGAUUACAAAAAGCAAGACAUCAGUAAAGCAUCUUUGCCAUAGACUUUAUGAAACAUCUUUUCAUAGGAAGCCUUAUAAAAACCCAGUGAUGGCAGUUACCAAAUCAUAAACGUUGUCUUAACUUUUUAUCAAUGCAGCAGGCAAAGAGGUGCCUCUUUUCUCAUCUCAACUGUGUCCCUAAUUUAGUGAAUAUAGGCCAAACUCUUACCUGUAAAUUCCACAUACUCUGUUUCUGCAGCAUAUCAUGUGCACUGUAGUUUUGCUCAGACAGCACCACUGGGCCCUGUGCAGCUAAGGAUGGAAGUUCAUAUAAUAACCUGAAGACUAUGAGGUCUUGUGGGAAAUGCAAAAUCACACAGUAAUGACCACACCUACAGUGAGAAUGUAAACAACAGUUUACUCUUCUUUGUGCGGUUGAUUUGCUGUUCCAUUUGAUAUUAUUCUGUGUUUUUGCUUUAACUAUGUUUAAGUACAUUACUUACUUACUCACUUAGGCUCAUAAUAUCCCUGAGCCUGAGCCUCUAGUUGGUCCCAGGUGUUUUCUGAGGGCCUCGUUUGGUCUUCUCUUUUGGAUUCCAGGAAAGAACCUGUCUGAUGAUCACUCUGUGCAUUCUCAUUCCUGUUAGGGUCGAUCUGCUCUCUACUAAAAAUGGACUAGGUGCAUAUCUCAUAGGGAGCAGAGCAGAGUGGUCCUUCCCAUACAUACUGGAGACAGAAAACAAAGGCUCUGAGCCUACUGUGUUGUAUUUUAUACAGGCAUAAGGUCACCUCAAUUCAUUCUUCUUAAUGAGCGGGAACAUGGAUCAGUUCCACAUUAGUUUGAUGGAACAUGAUGUGGAAUUACAAGACUGACUAGUGUAUAUUCUGGAGUGCAUGGUGCAACUGGAACACAGCACAGACAGAGUAUGUGGAAUUUGAGGGUCAGCCUAAAUAUCAAAUGGAUGAGUUUUUUUUUAAAGAUUCUUGUACAGCUCUGACUGCUAAUGAAGAAGGGAUUUAGACAGAAUUCAUUUAUUUUGUCAGUCUGAAACAUGUUUAUUUCUGCUGUAAAAAUGGGCAUUUUAACAUGGGACCUAAUGGAGAUUCCUUUGCUUUUAGAGCAAGCCUCAAGUGGUCACUCUUGGAACUGCAAUUAUUUGCACUUCUGCACUGGCUUUAUUUUUUUAACUUUAGAGAUUGUCAGCUCAGUCUUCAGGAUGGAUAAAUGAUCCAGUGUAAGAAAAAUAAUAUUUUUACCCACUUUUCUUUAUCAGAUAUCAAACAUUUCCUUCAUGGGAAGCCCCAAAAAACUCAACAGUUAAGUUCUUGGUCUAACGACUACUAAUGAGCUGACCAAAGUAGAUGCACUGCAUUUUUAGUUUCAUGCAUAUUGAUGCCUAACACAACAUCACUCAAAACAUUUCCAAUUUUCAUUUUUAUCUGAUUUCAUUCAAAUUGGAGGAUUUUUUCCCAAAAUCUUUUUGUCAUAAACACCGGUAUGAUCGAGCGCUUCAAUCUGCUUCAGCUCUUUUGCUUGCAAAGUUUGUCUUGCAUCCCAAAUAUUAUGGCAGUUAUAAUGGGAUUUUUCUGUUCAAUGCAUUUAGCAGAGCUGAUUAUUACUCAUAUCCUAACAUAAAUGAUGAGGCACAUGUUGUUUACAAGUCUCCAUGCUAGCCUGUGAGCUAGCCGCGCGGAGCUAGCCUCAUGACGACAUAAAGGGAAGAAACAUAUCAGUGAAAAACAGAGGAAUCUUGAACCUUCUGUAGUUUGGAUCAGGAAAAGGGAAUCUGAAAAUCUAAAUAUGAAGAUCUUAUGAAAUAUCGCCACUUUUUAAAGCCAUUUUUUAAUUCUUUAUUUAAACUGUGAACUACAGCUCGUCUUGCUUUUCGGUGUCAGUGUACAGAGUCGCACAAGCUGCUGUCUUCGGCACUAUCUCUGCAAUGCAUGUUUCGCAUGUGUCACAUAGGAAUGACUUAACAGCAGGCAGCAAACAACGAGUCGAUCGCUUUUACUAAUCCACAAACCGAGGUUUACCACUGAUGACGGUGGCGUUUGUGUUCUCUGGUAUAAACUGUGAGCUCGUCAGCCUCGUUGGAGGCUGGCUGGGCUUUAACACUUGCUGCUUCCUGGGCUGAUGUAGUCAAAACAGCUCAGAACUCUCACAGCAGGGCAGCACUUCACCUACUUAACUGAUAACUAACCUAGUAACCUUUUACUACGUCUACACGUCUCUGUACUCACAAAGGAAGUGGAAGGGUUGAAUAACACCACCUUGUUUCUCGGUUAGAUGAUUACCUUGUAUUUUGUGCUACCUUGAGUAUUAUGUGAUGCACAGGAUACUGUUAUGUAGCAGCUUUAUUCAAAGCUACGAUGACAUUAUAUGAAGACAUGUUUAGCUGAAAUUAACUUUUGUUCUCUGUGCGUGAAGCACACUUUUGGUUGAUUGAUUGUGUUGAGGUAGCAGUCUAGCCAGCUUGCAUCUUGUACAAGUAUCUGCUUAACAACAAUGUAAACUCUACAAUCAUUCAGAAAAUCUGACAGCUAAAAUUAUUGAGCUUGUAGUUAGGAUAACCUCAGCGCCUCCCAAACGCAACACAGUGUACACUUUGUUCCUUUAGUUCUUUAUUGAUGAUGCAUAGAUUUGUUUUUAUAUUUUUAUCUUUAGUUAUUUUAAUGUCUUGUUCUCUUGCAGUUUUCACACAGUAAUGGUUGUAUUUUGAUCAAUGCCAGGUAAUCACUGUCAGACUGUCACC